UCAAGGAAAGAAGAAAGCUAAAGGAAGGGUAAAAGAUACAAUCGAAGGAGAAGGAGAGACUUGAGCUCUUUUGUGUUUGUUUUUUUUUUUGAAGGAAAAAAUGUUUUCUUUUCUUUGAAUGCAUAUUGGAAAGAAAACGACCUAUAAAAGCUCCAAGUUUUUUACACAAACCAUGAAAAAAGGCAACUCAGAGUGUUGUUUUUCUUUGGCUAUUGUCCCCAGAUCCGGCAUCGUCGGACCCACUCAUUCAUCCAUCUGUUACAGCCUCUCUUCUUCUAAUAUCUCUCCCUCUUUCUGUUUCUUUUGUCCUUGUUUAUUUACUGAGAGAGGGAUCCUUCAGUUAGCCAUUUCCUUUUAUCUUCUUCAGGUGUUUCUUUGGCAGUGAGCAGAGGAUCUCUCUCCUUCAUUAGUUUUGAACCUUUUUUGGACAAGGUCAUGAUAUUUUUUCUCCCAGAUUUUAUUUUAUUUUUACCUUUGCUGUGUUUUCAAGUUCUCUAGAUUUCAUAGAUCGUUGUAAGACUGUUGACCACGGUUUAUAUAAUCAAGUAGUCAUAAUGGGUGGCUGUGUGUCCACUUCCACUCCACCAAAAAGAGUCAAAACACACAAGAAACACCUUCGGCGAUUUGGCAAACACCAUGUGAAGAUGUCUAGUUCUCAUGAUGCGAACAAGAUAAUAAGUAGCGAUACAGGAUGUGUGACAGAUUUUGCUGUGAGUCAAUUUGUCCAUAUGGAUUUUGAGAAUGAUAAAACUAGUUCGAGAAGAUCUGCGGCCUCCAAUUCAACUUACCACCUCAAGCAGAUGCAAUGGCACCUCAGUCAAGUAGGCAUUGAUGGAGUUUGCCAAGAGGAAGCUUGGUUUGAUUCAGUCAGUAUUCUGGAAUCUGAAUCUGAUGAUGAAUUCAGCAGCAUGCUUGGAGAUCGAUUUUCAUCAGUGGGCUCUGCAGUUGGGAAUAUUUCGUGUGGACAAGUGCUUCAGUAUGAAAGUUCUUCAUGUUUUAUGGAUGGCCAGGGUAAAUAUGAAGAAUACCAUGAAAGUUUUGUGAAAAUAGAUGGACAAGGGAUAAGCAGAGAUGAACACAAUGACUCAAAGGGGUUUGCCCUUAUUGGUACCCAGGGUUAUGAACUUUCGCUAUCAGGGAAGACUGAGGAAAACAGAAUGAAGAAAUUGUUGGAUACUUAUGGAAGCUUUAAAAGUUCAAAAGAUGUUAGACACUCACAAGAGAAUACCAUAAAAUCUGGCUUACCUCGGUUGUUUCCUUCUGUAAGUUUCAAUGAUAAGGUUUUAAAUGCGUCAGCUCAACAAAAGAAAUUAGGUGUUUUCAAGCUUUCCUUUAAGAGGAAAUCAUGUGAUGGAGAUGAAAUGAGUGAGCACUGUGCUUCAAAAAGAUUCUUGUAUUGUCCGAAAGCAGGGUUUGUUAUUCCAUGUAGCAUGGGAGAGAAGUCAACUAUGGGAUGUUGGUGUGAGAUUCCUCCCUCAAAUUUCAAACUUCGUGGCGAGACCUAUUUCAAAGAUAAGAGGAAGUGCCCUGCUCCAAAUUGCAGUCCAUAUACUCCAAUUGGUGUUGAUAUGUUUAUCUGCCCUAGAAAGGUUAAUCACAUUGCACUACACCUUGAGCUCCCUAAUGUAAAAGUUGAAGGGAAAAUCCCUUCUCUUCUAAUUGUAAAUAUCCAGUUGCCGACUUAUCCUGCUGCAAUGUUUCUUGGUGAUAGUGAUGGGGAAGGAUUGAGUCUCGUACUGUAUUUUAAGGUUUCUGAAAACUGGGAGAAGGAAAUUUCUUCUCAAUGUCAGGAUAAUAUCAAGAGACUGAUAGAUGAUGAGAUGGAAAAAGUGAAAGGAUUUGCAAAAGAAUCAAGCAUACCGUUUAGAGAAAGACUAAAGAUAAUGGCUGGUUUGGUGAAUCCUGAGGAUCUCAAUUUAAGCUCUGCUGAAAAGAAGCUUGUAAAUGCUUAUAAUGAAAAACCAGUCCUUUCUCGUCCCCAGCAUGAAUUUUAUAAGGGCCCCAAUUAUUUUGAGAUUGAUCUUGAUAUUCAUCGCUUCAGCUACAUAUCUAGGAAGGGACUUGAAUCAUUUAGAGAUCGUCUUAAAAAUGGAAUUGUUGACCUUGGUUUAACCAUUCAGGCACAAAAACAAGAGGAGCUUCCAGAGCAAGUGUUAUGCUGUCUGAGACUGAGCAAGAUUGAUUUUGUGGACCAUGGACAGAUACCAACUCUUAUGACCAUGGAAGAUAAUUGAGAGAGAUCAGACACCCAAGCAUGUAAUAUAGAAAGGAUGAUCCAGAUUAGCAUGAGCUUUCCAUGCACAUUUGACUCCCAUGUUACAGAAAUUGUGCAAUUAGUGACACAGAAAAAAAAGGCACUCUUUGUAUCCCAAUUUUCAAAUCCAAAUGUGAAAUGCUAUUCAUUUCUGUUCAAAAAAUAAGACAAAAUGUUCUUCUGAUUCAA